AUGGCCAGCAGCAGCAGCGCGGAAGACACCGAGAUCCUCGUUCACAUCACCGCACCCAGCCGCGCAGCCGAUGAUGUCGUCUACCGCCAGCUCGCACGGGCAUAUCUCGCCUUUCAGCCUCAAACGCGCACGGCACUCCCGUCGACGGAGUCAUGGGUGAAUGCGCAAGCGCGCGUUACACAGCAGGAGCAGCUCCAGGCUCCCGUAGUGCCGUCGCCCAGCCAGGACAUGGCUACCGCAUCGUUUGGGCAAUCCUUUGAGAUUGGGUCCCAGGAUUUGAGCUUUGAAGGUGCUUUGGAUAAUCGCUCGUCACCUUGCAUGCGGUACACGGUGCCAGCUGAGAAAGGGGUCCCCAUGUCGUCUCAGGAGACUGGAGGUGGUUCUGUCAAGUCCUGGUACGCACCGCCCAGCCAGAUUAGUGACUCGUACCCCAUGCCAGAUGCCGGGCUGCUGAGCGUUUCGCCUUCCCGCUUCGCCGACGCCUCCAUCUCCGACUACUCGGAAAAGACUGCCUCUCCUGUUAGACUCAGACAAGAUUGA